AUGCCGUCGGAUGCGGAUGUCGAUCCGCCUGGUGGAGGUGACCGGGGUUGGGAUACACCUGGAUCACCCGAAGACCAGAAGAAUCGUGAUUUCACGAUGACAAGUGAUAAAUAUUUUGACGUUGAAGAAUUAGAUGAUCAAGAACAGAAUCUAUUAUUAUUCAUGUGUCUUUGUUCAUACAUAGAUUCACAAGAUCGAUUCUUAGAUGCGUAUAAGGAGGUACUCGUGAACAGGGCAGUAGACAUAGAAUCGAAAGAUUGCAACGAUGGUGACACUCUAUACGCAUUGCUAAAGGAAACGGUUACAAAGCAGAAACGUGCUCUAAGAUGCGAUGACGCCUCAGACGAAGAAGAUGAUGAUGAUGACGGCGAUGACGAUAGUACCAGCGAAUCGGAACCCGAACGCCACGAUACAUCGCUACUUCGUGAUCUGGUACAAAUGUACCAUCUAGAGGUAUAUUUGAAGCUUAUGUUGUUGGCAUUCUUGCUGAAAAUGCCACCUCUAAGCUAUGCCGUUGUGACGACAUUCUACGCAGUAUAUGUAUUCCUAACUGCCACCAUCGUAAGGCUUGUACGUUCACCUGUUUUCCACUGGCAGAUAGCUAGGAGGGCAAUCGUGACGUCUCGCUAUAUUUAUCGCAAUCUAAUACGCUUCUUACUAUAUACACGUCGUGCAACGGCACCGAGGGACACUGGAAGCGCUGUGAUGGCAGCACGGAGGAGCGUUGCGGAAACUGCUAGGGAGAUACCUACGGUCAUUGAAGGCGACUCGCCAAGAAGACGUGUUAGAAAUACAAAUAAUGGCCGGCAGCGGCCUUCACGUUUUGCCAAGGUUAUGUACCAGCUUUUCGUAGCAUACGUACUAAGCCUCUUGCCAUGGUGGGAACCCAACCCGGCAUACAUAGAGGAGAGCGAUUAA